UGGAGUCUUUCUUGCAAAGAUGUCUCGUGUCGAUGUUAAAAAGGCAUCCUUGUGUACCAGUGAACCUCUAAGUCAAGAAACUGUUGGCCACGCUCUGUCUGCCUUCAGUAAAAUAGUGAGAUCCUGCUUUGGCCCUACCGGAAGGCUGAAGCAGCUUCACAACGGCGCUGGUGGCCACGUCCGCACGACGUCACAUUCGUCAGCCUUGCUGGGCUCCCUUUCCAUCACCCACCCCGUAUUAAAGCUCCUCACAGCCUCCGUGCAGAAUCACGUCUCUCGCUUUGGAGACGCGGGUUUGUUCACGGCUGUUCUGUGCGGUAGCCUGCUGGAGAAAUGGCGAGACCUAAACGUUGCUCCUUGUACCCGGGUCAAAAUUAGCCAGCACCUUUUAAGCCAGUGUCUCGACUAUCUCCCUUCCGAAGCUUGCGGCUGUAAGAUUCCGGUGGAUUUUAGCUGCUCCAAGAUUCUCCUUGAUUUGGUCCGUAGCGUAUUAGCCGGCAAACGCGCUUGCAUGCUGAGCCGAAAGGAAGCCGAUCAUGUUAGUCUGUUGAUAUUGAAAGCUUUCUUGCUCACGGUUCCCCAGAAUGUUGGAGCUGGUGUCGGAUUAGGGAAAUGUCUUUAUGUACCUAUAAAAGAAAAGAGGGUUAUGGAUUCCAUGGUCUGUCCGGGGCUCCUGAUUGAAACACCCGGGUUCCACCAGACACAAUUGCUUCCUGCGAGAAUAACUGCUUCGAGCCCAAUCAAAACAGCCCUUUUCUCUGCGUCUCUGUCUGGAGACACUGGUGAUACAGGAGAAGGAUCCAUCAUCGUCCAUCGCGGCGUUUCCCUAGAAGCGGCGGUGUUGGAUCAGUUGCUUAGUUUAGGCCAGCGGAUGGUCAAAGAUGGAGUGGGCCUUGUGGUUUGCCAGAAGGUCAUCCACCCGGCUUUGAAACAGUAUUUGAAGGAGAACCAAGUGGUCGCCGUAGAACGGGUCGGAGUGGCCAUGAUGGAGCCUCUGAAGGAAAUAACAGGAUCCCAGCCUAUUCCGUCUCUACAGUUUCUGUCCCCUGCUUGCUACGGCAAUCUGAAGGGCUUGCAAAUUCAGUAUUUUGCUUCCAAGUGGUUCUUGCAUCUAAUCCCUGAGGAUCAGGCAGUGUGCAGUCUGAUGCUUUGUAACAGGAAUGAAACUUCGUGGGACGAGCUGAAGCUCGCUUGCCAGGCAGCGGAACGUGUUUUGCAGUUAACACUCAAGGAUCCCUGGGCCUUAUGCGGCGGCGGCUGCACGGAGACACACCUGUCCUCGUACCUGCGGCACAAGAAUGUUAACGUGCCACGUAGCACCUUGGAAGAUCUAGGGUGCUCUCCGGCCGAGUUCCAUCAGGUAGCUGAAUCUUUCUGCCACUCACUAGAGUCUGUCGCUCGCUCUUUAGAGCACGACAACGGCGAGUCCCUCACUGAUACGACUUGGGGCCACUGUUGGUCCGUUCCACCGGAUGUCCCCGGCGACUCCCCUUGGUCAGACUUUGCUUUGAGGUGUGGAUGUGGCCUUUGCAGCAGCCAACAGGGCCUCAGCUGGCGGGUGCUGCAUAGUCAGCCUUGCCCUUUUCCUCCUCAAAGCUGUGUUAGUGCAUCUUCCGUGACCUCCGCUGAUCAUCCCAUUCUGGAUUGUUUUGCUGCCAAAUGUAACGGUUUGCAAGUUGCAGUGGAGACGGCCUGUCUGCUUUCUGGUCUGUCUUACAUAGUUGAAGAUCAAAAUUAGCCUGGUUUCCCUGUUCUAGCAGCAUUCUCCACACACACACACACACACACACACACACACACACACACACACACACACACACACACACACACACACACACACACACACACACACACACACACACACGUGUGUGUGUUUGGAUAUCUGUAUUUGUUCCGCAUUUUAUCUCCUCCCCCAACCGUACAUACCUCAAUGUGCACAAGUGCUUCAUGCGCAAGAUUCUUUGGAGCCCACCUUCUCUAUUUAUGAGAAAUGGAAGAAAUAUCACUAUUUCGUCACUUAUUUAUUUUAUUUUUCCAUUUCUAUCCCGCCCUGUCCCUGUAGAGCUCAGGGUGGGUUACAAACAGAAUUUCCAAAAAAUAUAACAGCCCAAACCCCGAAACAUUAAUAUAUAUAUAUAUGAUGACAGGACAAAUAUAAUACUAUUGUGCUGAAACCAAUUCUAGAACAGGUGUUUAAAAGCAGAUGGCGAUGAAGCCUCCCCCCCACUCUACUCCCUCCCUUCCCCGCCCCCCCGCCCCCCGGAGGCCGAAAGAAGAUGACAUUACUCCAUUUAAUCAUGACCGGAGCAGAGCCGUUCUUCCCCUCAAAUGCAUUUUGCCCGCACGAAGGAUUUGAUUGCUACUCCGUUGUGGGAAAUAUCCGCACACAGAUUUAAAACCUUCAGCUGAACAAUAUCGUAUUUAUCAUCCAUUGCUGCUGCCAGGAAAAGCUAGGGCAGCCGAUUCUCCAUCUAUCUGCCUGAAGGCAAUCCUUCUCUCCCCAAAGAUCAAAACAUCUGGUGCUUCCUGGCCUGGUUGCUAGGGAAGAUGUGUCCCAGCGGGCGCGGCUCCCUCCCAGCCUUUGCAAAAACUUUACAGAGCAGAAAUUGGAGCAAAAAAGACCAGAAAGGUUCCUUCCCUCUCCCACUGUCAAGGCUUUUGUGUGUGUGUGUGUGUGAUUUUUAAAAACUUUAUCUCAGUUUUUCCUUAGAGGCCUGUUGUCAGGCAGACAGUCAAAUAAAUACAAGGCGCGGUGAGGAGAAUGCAAAUCGACAUUGCAAUCCAGUGUAGAGUUUAUGGGGAGCAACUCGGCAUAGGAUUGCAGCACGAAGCACCCCAUAACUCUUUCGGUUGGCUUUGUUCUGCUAGAACAGUGAU